AUGCAUCGUCUAACGGUAAUGCAGACAAAGUUUACCGAGAUACAGCGCGCUUUACUUAUGCCGCCUACUAGUCCAGGCAUUCAGAGCAAUUUCUUAGCUCGACGUGGUGGUAUGGGAGAUGCACUCAUCUUUCUUGGCUCUUCUAACUCCUCUACAGCCAACACUUUAUCGGCUGGCUGUUUGGGAACGAGAUCAAGCAGAGUGGCUCUUAUGCAUGCCAACCGGUCUACUACAAAUACAUUGGCAAUUUCCACCCCCAUCACCACUUCUGCUGCCGUAGCGGGAGAAGGCCCGGCUGUCUUACCACAGGGACCUUUGCCUCCAUCUCACUUAUGUGCCCUUAUGGCCCCAACGGCUGUCGAAGCUCAGCAUCGACUUGCAACUCGCCAGAGCUCUCCUCUCUCUCGUCCUGCCGCCUUAGUGUCAUUUAGUGGAGCAACUGUAUCCGGAGGAGCCACUUAUAGUUCUGGUCUCACUGGAAGCACAACGGCUACUGUUGGGGGCGGGAUGGGACCCUUAUGUCCUUCCAAUGUUGGAAGUAUUUCGCGAGGAACACUUCCAUGCAACCUUGGUCUCGGUUUCUCAUCUCUGUCUAUUUCUGGAGGAAUGACUUCGUCGGAAACAUCGUCACCUGCUGGCGUGACUUCUUCGGGUGAAUAUAAUUUCCAUAAUUAUUCUUGA